CAACCUCUAUCUCUCUCUCCUCAUGAUGUCCUCCUGCUUAAGCGUUCAAGUAUCAGUAAACCGGUCUCGACUAACCAUCCGUUCCCCGUGCUGGAGGGACGGCAGCCCCUGAGAAAGAGUGGACGGAGAGGCGACAAAGCGAGGACGACACACAAGCUGAUCGACCAUCCAUCCCUUACUUCCCCCUCCGCGACUGCAGCUGUUUUGGGUCAAGCGGGGUGGCGAGGCAGGAUGCGCCAUGGGACAAGCGUGUGGACACGCGCUGCUCUGCCGUAGCCAACCGCCAUCCACCGACAUACGAGGUCAGCAAGUGUUACUGCCUCCCGAGGAGAGUACAGCUCCAAGCCUGACAAGUAGACAAUCCACCACGUUUUCUGAACAAGUCCAGGAUGCUCUGCUGCAGCUGGCAGCCGUUGUCGAUGUGCGCUCGCUGCGAGUGGCCCUUCGAGAUGGCGUACAGACGCUGUUACCCCAUGCGGAGUGUGUGUGUGUUUACACACUGGAAGGAAACUCGAGGCUGCUGUCUGACGACCCGUCGCAUGAGCUGCCACAGGAGGGCAAGAUCAGGAGUGUUGUUGACCAGCUGAACCGAUGUCAAUGUGCCGGCUUCCCCUCAUUGGAACUGCCUGAAAAAUACAAAAUCUGUCUUGCAGCACCACUAAAGGCACACCAAAGAGCUGUUGUUAUUCCUAUCUUGGACCAGGAGCGGACCAAAGCCAUUGCUGUCUUACUGGUGGGCUGUAGUCCUCUUUCUGAUCAAGAUGAAGUGCAUCUUAGUAUGCUGGAAAAACAUGCCUCGGUGGCAUGCGUCCGCGUCCAACUCGUUCAAGCAUCCUACCAGAGGCCCCCGCUUAGCCCCUCGCCCAUUCAGUCCCACAAUGCACUGCUGCACCUCAAUGUCUCAGACCAGGACUACAGCGAGUUGGACCGCAACAUACUCCAACUUUGUGGUGAGCUUUAUGACCUUGAUGCAGCCUCUCUCCAGCUCAAAGUCAUCAAUUAUCUGCAGCAGCAGACUCGGUCACAGUGUUGUUGCCUGCUGUUAGUCUCUGAGGACAACCACCAGCUUUUCUGCCAGGUAGUUGGAGACAAAGUUCUGGAGGAGGAGAUCAGUUUUCCGUUGAUGUUCGGACGUUUCGGUCAGGUUGUCGAGAAGAAAAAGUCGAUUACUCUUCAAGACAUCAGCGCUGAGGAGCGCAGGCAGCUGUCUAGUAUGUUAGGCUGCGAGAUUUUCUCCAUGCUGUGUGUCCCAGUUGCGAGCAGGGCCACGGGCCAAGUGGUGGCACUCGCAUGCGCCUUCAACAAGCAGGGUGGACAGAGACACACAGAGGCGGAUGAGCACGCCAUCCAGCACUGUUUCUGCUACACUUCAACAGUCCUUACUUCAACGUUGGCCUUCCAGAAGGAACAGAAACUCAAAGUGGAGUGCCAGGCGCUCUUGCAAGUGGCCAAGAACCUCUUCACACACUUAGAUGAUGUGUCAGUGCUCUUACAGGAAAUUAUAGUGGAGGCCAGGAACCUCAGUGGUGCAGAGAUCUGUUCAGUGUUCCUGCUAGAUCGCCAUAGCCAUGAGUUAGUGGCCAAGGUGUUUGACGGAGGUGUGGUUAGUGAUGAAGAGAAGGAAUUCCGCAUCCCAGCAGAUCAGGGGAUUGCAGGCCAUGUAGCAACCACAGGUCAAAUUUUGAACAUUAAGGAUGCUUACUCCCAUCCUCUUUUCUACCGUGGUGUGGAUGACAGUACCGGUUUCAGGACUCGCAACAUCCUCUGCUUCCCCAUCAAAGAUGAGACCAACGAGGUGAUCGGGGUUGCUGAGUUAGUGAAUAAAAUGAACGGGCCAUGGUUCAACCGCUUUGAUGAGGAUCUGGCCACAGCAUUUUCCAUCUACUGUGGUAUUAGCAUUGCCCACUCUUUGCUCUACAAGAAGGUCCAUGAAGCUCAGUUCAGAUCACACUUGGCCAACGAAAUGAUGAAGUACCACAUGAAGCUUUCAGAAGACGAGGUGAGCAAGCUGUUGAUAGUUGGGAUUGAACCAGUUAAGAAGAUCCACCCGUGUUUUGCUGAGUUCACCUACACGCCACGUUCGCUUCCCGAUGAGACCACACCUAUGUGUGUCCUAAGCAUGUUUGAAGACAUGGGUUUCAUCAACACUUACAAGAUUGACCGUCAGACUCUUGCCAGAUUUUGUCUAAUGGUCAAAAAAGGCUACAGGGACCCACCCUACCACAACUGGAUGCAUGCAUUCUCAGUCUCCCACUUCUGCUACCUGCUUUACAAAAACCUUGGGCUGUCCAACUACCUCGAAGAUAUAGAGAUUCUAGCUCUCUUUGUCUCAUGUCUGUGCCAUGACCUGGACCACCGCGGGACCAACAAUUCUUUCCAAGUGGCCUCGCAAUCUGUGCUGGCUGCUCUAUACAGCUCAGAGGGAUCUGUGAUGGAGAGACAUCAUUUUGCCCAGGCUAUUGCCAUUCUUAAUACUCAAGGCUGCAACAUUUUUGAAAAGUUCUCCAGAAAGGACUACCAGCGCAUGCUAGAUUUGAUGAGGGAAAUCAUUCUGGCUACAGACCUUGCUCACCAUCUUCGCAUUUUCAAAGACCUACAGAAGAUGGCUGAUGAUGGCUAUGAUCCUAAAAGCAGCACUCACCGCUCGAUGCUCCUGUGCCUGCUGAUGACAUCGUGCGACUUGUCAGACCAAACCAAGGGCUGGAAGACAACUCGCAAGAUUGCUGAACUUAUCUAUAAAGAGUUCUUCUCUCAAGGAGAUCUGGAAAAAGCCAUGGGGAACAGGCCCAGCGAGAUGAUGGACAGGGAGAAAGCAUACAUCCCGGAACUGCAGAUCAGUUUCAUGGAGCAUAUCGCCAUGCCCAUUUACAAGCUGCUGUCCGAACUAUUUCCCGGGGCCACGGAGCUCUAUGAGAGAGUGUCGGCCAAUCGGGAGCAGUGGACCAAAGUGUCCCACAAGUUCACCAUCCGUGGGUUGCCUAGCAACAACAGCCUAGACUUCUUGGACCAGGAAUAUGAGCUACUGCAGUCCCAGGGCGCUUUCGGGAGUGACCACCUCUGCCUUAACGGCUGCCUUGACGAUUGUGAAGGGGGACAUGGCCAGUGACGCCGGUAGCCUGUCUUUAGGGUCAUAAAGUUGUUUUGUGGUCGAAUAAAGAGCCUGAGGACACCUUUUUGGAAGGAUCUCACUACUACCUGUCAGUCACUUAGAUGUUCAGAAGCCACGCAAGACGGACAGGACAACGGUUCAAACAAAUCCAAAUGGACGAAUGAUCCGAAGCAUCUGAAGUGGUUCUUGUGCUCCAUGUUACUCGUGUCCUCAGUUUGGAAGCGCAGGUGGUGAUGCGGUGACACUGGACAAGAUGUUUUACAAGUUCAUACGUGCAGUACUCAUUCUGAUUAAGAUUGUACAAACUCAUCAACACACAUCAAACAUCCUUCGGGGGAGGGAUAAUGCAUUGUCAUGUAAACAUGAUAUAAAGUGCUUAUCAUUUGAGCUACAUGUUCAUGAUGGUGGAUAUUUAUUAGAAUAUCUGAGCAUUGCCAUCUACCGUAUUUCUUGGACUAUAAAUCGCACAUAAGAAUAAGUCAUCCCAGCCAAAAAAUACACAAUGAAGUGGAAAAAGAUACCAAUGAAAUAACAAUAACAAUAAAAUGGAGACUAUCAGUAUAAAUAGCUGUCUGUUAACGUAACAUAUUAACAGUAAUUCAUAUUACUAUUACAUAAACAAACCAACAUUACUUAUUUACAAAACUAUCUCACUCCCAAUCACUUCUAAAUUCAUUAAAGUCUAUUUUCACUGUGUCACUUCUGAACAACUCUGGAAGUAGAGGGCAGGUUUGGAGUGUGUGUAUGUGUCAGAGAGGGUUGCGGGUCUUGAGUAUAAAUUGAGGCCAGCAAAACGAUGAAUAAAAAAGUACAAUUUAUAGUCCAGAAAUUACAGUACCUAAGAAUGCUUGUGAUGUCUUAUUCCAUGAUAAAAUGCAAUGCAGUCUGUGUUUCCAUGACUGUAAGAAUAUUUUUGUACUAAGUGAUUCAAAAUAUACAGUAUUUCAUACAUUUUCACUGCUGCAUUACUACAAAAUUCCACAAAGGCAAUUUCCGUUGACUUCAGAAACCUGGUGACAAAAUAAUUUGACAAUCGCUCCCUCUACUACAGUCACAUUACAUUCUAGGGAUAAAAAAUCUAUAAAAUUCCAACCCACUUUACAACUUAUAAUAUUCUCUUCACCUACUUUUUUGUUGUUGUGAAUACUCUCACAGAACCACUAAAUGAAGAAACUGAAGCCCUUUAAACGAUCCAUCCAACCGGUUGUGUAAAUGAGCCAUAGUUGAGUGUGCUCCAUGGAGUGUGUCAUAUGGAUCUGCCUUAUUGUGCAUCUUUGCUGCCUUUCUUAGAGCUUUUAAUAUAUACCGACUGAAAUAAAAGAGUCUGUUUAUUAUUGUGUAUUUGUUAUAGACCUAGCUUGACUAUCAGUGUGAUGACUGAACAACCACCACACUCAGAAAAUGUAUAUUUGUGAAAUAACCUUUGUAAAGACCUAUGUUGUUGCCAUUUCACCUGUUUGCUUUGUGAAUAAAGCCACCAUUUGGCAAUUAGUACUGGCAAAGUGUUUGUUGCCAGUGUGGCUGAAAAACAAAUGGAAUCAGAGAUGUAGCCAUCAAAGAAAUUAUUCCCAAAGUAAAUGUUCAAAAGUUAUUUUUCAGCUCUCAGAUUGUGCCUCAUUUAGAAACGUUGGGGGUUCUGUUAACUGUUGCGCCAAAUUUACCUUAUUUUGAAUAGGAAAUGCUGCAUCUUUUGUCAAGCCAACCACUGAGGAGUUACACAACAUACAGUGUAUCACAAAAGUAAGUACACCCCUCGCAUUUCUGCAGAUAUUUAAGUAUAUCUUUUCAUGGGACAACACUGACAAAAUUACAUGUUGACACAAUGAAAGUAGUCUGUGUGCAGCUCAUAUAAUAGAGUUGAUUUAUUUUCCCCUCAAAAUAACUCAAAAUAUAGCCAUUAAUAUCUAAACCCCUGGCAACAAAAGUGACUACACCCCUUUGAAAAAACGUACAUCCCUAAAUGUCCAAAUUGAGUACUGCUUGUCAUUUUCUCUCCAAAAUGUCACGUGACUCGUUACAGGAGUGCAGUCAGCAUUGCUGCAGAGAUUGAAGAGAUGGGGGGUCAACCUGUUAGUGCUCAGACCAUACGCUGUACUCUACAUCAAAUUGGUGUGCAUGGCUGUCAACCCAGGAGGAAGCCUCUUCUGAAGACGGUACACAAGAAAGCCCACAAGCAGUUUGCUGAAGACUUGUCAACAAAGCACAUGGAUUACUGGAACCAUCUCCCAUGGUCGGAUGAGAUGAAGAUUAAUUUGUUUGGUUCCGAUGGUCUCAAGGAUGUGUGGCGGCGACCAGGUGAGGAGUACAAAGACAACUACAGUCAAGCAUGGUGGUGGGAAUGACCACCACCACCACCUCUUCAAUCUCUGCAGCAAUGCUGACAGCACUCCUGUAAUGAGUCACAUGACAUUUUGGAGGGAAAAUGACAAGCAGUACUCAAUUUUGAUAUUUAGGGAUGUACGUAGUUUCUAAGCGGUGUACUCACUUUUGUUGCCAGGGGUGUCGAGGGGAAAAUAUAUGAACUCUAUUAUAUGAGCUGCACACAGACUACUUUUCAUUGUGUCAAAGUGUCAUUUUGUCAGUGUUGUUCCAUGAAAAGACAUACUUAAAUAUCUGCAGAAAUGCGAGGGGUGUACUCACUUUUGUGAUACACUGUAACUAUCUGUAAUGGAGAGCACUGUAUGUAGGCUGUGUGUUUGCGUGGAUGACAGAGAGUUCAUGACCAAGUGAGCCAAUGAAGUGUGGCUGUGUGGGUAGCAGAGAAAGAGAUGAUUCCAAUUAAACUAGUACAGUUGUAUUUUAGGCUUAUUUGAAAUGACGUUAUGUCCCCGAUAAUGCAAGUGGAGGUGCAGGAAAGCAUCAAAUAAUGCAAUCAGGGUGUGUGUACAUGUACUGAUUGUUUUUCAAUGUGUAACAUUGGGGGGGGCAACAUUAGAAAACAGCAUUGGUUGAUGAGAUUGGUUUGAGUCUUUUCUAUACUGAAAUCUUUUCAAAGGGCAUAUAGAUGUGUUUUUACAGUUACUCUCCCACGCGAGCUUUCGUUUGACAUUGUUCUAUACCACGUUAGUUCAUUCGUGUACUUGCCUUCUUCAUGUGCAAUAUGAAGUGUUUGCCUGAGUGACAAUGUUAGAUCCCAUGCCUCUUGUUAAUUUAUUUCCUGAGGUUUGAGCUCCCUGAGGCUUUUGGGAUAAUGGUCAGUCAAGUGUGACUUUUUUUCUAAUCCCAGAAGAAUAUUGAGGGUCUAAUUGUCAUUGUCUGCUGCUUUUAGAGAGUCAGGGUUAUUUGUGCCAGGUAAAGAAUUUGGACUCCUUGGCUGAGCUUGAAAGUUAAAAACAAAUGUAUGGUCUAUUUGUUUACGUUGAUUUUUGUUUGUUUGUUUGUCUUCUACUUCAUUGCCAGCUUUGAAAUGUCGUCUUCGGUGUUUGAAGCCAAUCUUUAAAUCCCCAUCAAAAAGAAGCAGAAGUCUAAUUCCAUUUCAAUGCUCAUCUGUGACUCACAUGUUAACAGUGGCAAAAAAAUUAAAACUGUAAAUAGGAAGGUUUGAAGAAGAAAUGUUACAUUUUCUGUCAUUAUUACUAAUAGGAUGUAAUUAAAGUGCUUCUUUUGAGGUUUUUUUUGCCCCCCAAAAAAUGAAAGUGAGAUUUUUUUAAGAGACACUAUAAAAGAAAACUGUGUAUUCUGGGUUUCUGACACUGCAGCACAAACAAGAAUUUAAUCUGAUCGUGUAUAAAAGAUACUUUACUGGGGAAUAAAUGGUCAUUUGUUUUUGUUUUUUUAUUUGUGUGGGGGGGGGGGGUGAGUGCUUGGUCUAUAUCUUGACUUUCAAUGAACAAUGAUAUUUUUGAGAAAAAGAAAAAUGGAUGA